CUUCCCCAAAGAAUCUAGGCCAUUUCUGCCGAAGAGUGAAGACCCAAGGGCUAAAAUUUCAAUUAUGAGCAUCGCCAUGAGCUGCCUCCAUUGUUAUUCUCGAUUUCUCCCUUUGAAUUCUCAGCUCAAUAAACAGAAUCCGAAAGCGAAACAGCAGCUUCAGUUUUGCAGCAGUGAAUCAGCUCCCAGCCUGGUUUUGCGAAAACAGAUUAAUGUGCAUUCGAGGACAAAUGCUGCAUCCACUCCCGUUUUUAUCGCUGCCAAAAUCCCUCCAUCUCAAUCUGGUGACAUUACAGUCUUCCUCCAAACAAGUGCAUUGCUUCUGGUUGUUUACUUCUUGGGUAAUUUCGUGGCACCUUAUUUCAUCUCCAAGUAUUUCGAAUUUGACAAGGUUGGUGAAGAUCAGAACACAAAUGAAAAUGAUAGCCAAGGAAGACUGUGAAGAUCAAGCUCAGACAAUGGAAGGCCAGGUUUUUUUUUUUCUCAUGAAGAUAUGACCAUAUAUGUUUCCCUUGCUAAGUUCUGUUCAUUUUUCACAUACUGUUGAAGCAAUGCACAUUUUAUUACCAAGAGAAAAACAAGAAUCGCAACUUUAACGCCAUUA